UCAAGAGUCAAGACGGACUCGGGAGGAAACGACGUAGGAGUCCACGUGACUUCCCGUGCAUACUAACUUAGCUUAUACCAUAUACGGCAAUAAUGUUGAAGCCACGACGAGUCGGACUCGGCGAGUAAUGCUGAUAUGUGUGUACGUACAUGUGUCUAGGGUCGACAUACUCGCUGCUAGCCACCUCCAAACAGGUCGUGAACAUUCCGCAAUCGUAGAGCUCCGCUUCUGUGCCCUUCAACUUGCCACAGCUUCAGAAGCUUGCCAUCGUCGUCAUGUCCUUCAACCCAACCGCACUGAGACCCCGACUACAGACGGAGUUCUACGAGUUCCUGGAACAAAAACUCUUGAGUGUGGAGUCGCAGUUGAGUACAUCAGAGAAAGAAAGGAAAGAGCUGGGAGUUGCGUUGACACAAACCGAGAAGAAGCUCGAGGCUUCUAAUGCUGAACUGAAAGAAUUGCGAGCAAAUGCUGGUGCUCCUGUUGAAGUACCACCGAACAAAGACGAGACAGAAUCCACUGAAUCACUCAAAAAUGAUUUACAGCAAGUAUCAGAUCUGCUCGCGAGGGAACGAGCGCGCCGUGAAGAAGCAGAACGUGUCACCUCGGAGACGGAAGCAAAGGUCAAGACUCUCGCCGAUGAAUGUGCACAGAGCAAGUCCACAUACCGAGAGGAUCUCGUGAACAAGGAGGAGACCUGUAGCCGUGCAGUUGCAGAGCGUGUCGAAGCCAUUGCAGCUGAGACCAAAUGUCGACAGCAGCUCAACAACGUAAAAGCCGAACUAGAUGCUGCGAAGAAGGAAGUAUCAAGGCUGUCGACCGCGAAUCACUCGACCCAAAGUCCAGCCGACAAACUUGAACAUCAUAGCUCAGUGAAGGUAUCGCAUCGCACGCUCUGAAUGUAGAUGACAACGACUGACAUACUGCCUAUGCAUAGUUUAGGGUAUUCGUAGAUAGU